CGCCCGGGGCAGCGGAGCAGACCCGCCGCGCCUUCCUUCCUGCGGAGCCCGUGGGACAGCGCCGGCAGCAGCAUGACUUCGGCGGCGGUGGAAAUUUUGGGGCUGGGACUGGGCAUCCUGGGCUGGGUGGGGGUGAUCGUGGCCUGCGGGUUGCCCAUGUGGCAGGUGUCGGCCUUCAUCGGCGGGAACAUCGUGGUGGCGCAGACCAUCUGGGAAGGGCUGUGGAUGAGCUGCGCGGUGCAGAGCACGGGGCAGAUGCAGUGCAAGGUGUACGAUUCCAUCCUGGCGCUGCCGCCCGAGGUGCAGGCGGGCCGGGCGCUCACCGUCAUCGUGGCGCUGCUGGGGCUGGUGGCGCUGCUGGUGACCGUGGUGGGCGCGCAGUGCACCAACUGCAUCCGACCCGGCAAGAUGAAGUCCCGCAUCGUGAUCGCCGGCGGGGCCGUCUACAUCCUCUGCGGGGUCCUGGUCCUCAUCCCGCUCUGCUGGUUCGCCAACAUCGUCAUCAGCGAUUUCUACGACCCCAGCGUGCCGUCGUCCAAGAAGCGGGAGAUGGGGGCCGCGCUCUACAUCGGCUGGGCGGCCACGGCCCUGCUGCUCUUCGGGGGCUGCCUCAUCUGCUGCUGCUCCUGCUCCCAGCGCGACGAGACCUCCUUCCCCGUCAAGUACUCGGCGCCGCGGCGGCCCACGUCCAACGGCGAGUACGACAAGAAGAAUUACGUCUGAGCGGGGCUGGCCCGCUCCGCGGCCCCGCGGGGCACGGACAGACGGCUGCGGCCCGGGAGCGUCUGCGGGGAGCUCCAGCGCUCCCCUGCCUGGAGGCUUUUCUUAGCGGGGACCCCCGUGAAGCGGCGGCCCUAGGCAGGGCAGCGCCCCGCUGCCCUCCAGCCCGGCUCCCCGGCGGGUCCGGCCGCUCCGCUGCGGGCAGCGCCGCGCUCGGCGCCGCCGGCUCCCGGUACUGACCGACCGCGCUGCCGGCCGAGCAAAGCCCUCCGCGAACCAGCGUCGGGAACCGAGGAGCCCCGGCGAGUCACGGCGGCGUUUGCCGGGACGCUCCGUCCGGGCUUCGCCGCCGCCG